CACAGUCGCAGCCAGGGACAGUAUAAUACGGAACGCCGACCGACAGCGGCCGCAGUCUAGCUACACAGACGGAUGCGAUUCCACUGGGCUCUGCACCUUCCCUGUCGACAGAAGGCCGCUGCACUUGCCGACCAUUCUGCGCUUGCUGGUUGCUUUUAGACAGAAACAGACAUGAUGCUCGCUGCUUCCCUUGCGUUUCUGUUGGCGGCGGCGUCGUGCCAGGGGUACGUGGUUGGCUACGCCCACUUCAGGUCGUCCGUCGCCGUCCAGGGACGAUCGGGGGUCGCGCCAGUCGCUGCUGCCACAGUUCCACCGCCAAAGGCGCCGUGGACGCAAUUUUCUUCGCGGAACAGCAUCGGCAGUAAUAAAGCAGCGACGACAACUGGGACUGCAACUACCACGACCACGACCGCUCCUUUAAAUACUAUUAUCGCCAGUGCUGUUACUACACCCCGAGUCUCCACUACAACGUCAGCCAAGGCAGUGACAAUGAAGGCCCCACGUGCCACCGGCGAGGUGGACUCCGGGGUCGCCACGGUAGCGGCGACGCUCCGGAGGCACCUUCCAGCCAAUGAGAACGCUGUGCUGUCGCCGCUGAGCAUCGCGUCAGUGUUGGCAGCCCUGCAGAUGGGCGCGCGUGGGAACACCGCAAGACAAAUAGCUUCGUUCCUUGCCCAGGGCACGUCCUCCGACUGGAUAUACUGGAACAAGAUGGGCGAGGCUCUCCGUGCCAUCAACGCAUCCAAGGCGGUGACGGCAAGCUUGGCGAACGCUGUCGUGCUGGACAAGGGGGUCUCUCUCAGUCCCAUCUACGAGCAGACCGUGAGGAACGUCCUGAAUUCGGAAGUGCUCGCCGUGGACUUCGCCGGCCACCCGACAGAGGCGACCACCUCCAUCAACCAGUGGGUGUCGGACAAGACGCGCUCCAAGAUCCCCAGGAUGCUGGAGCAGCCUCUGGGCGCGGACACCGUGCUGGCCGUGGCCAGCGCCCUCUACUUCAACGGCGCCUGGAACGAGCAGUUCAAGGUCAACGCCACACGCAGGGCACGCUUCACCGUCAGCGAGACGGAGGCGUUCGAGGUCGACAUGAUGUUCCAGGAGUCAUCCGCCCUCUUUGCCUAUGACGAAGUAAUCGGAUGCCAGGUGCUGGGUCUGCCGUACAAGGACGAGGACUUCGCGCUGUUCCUGGUGCUCCCCGACAAGCCGGGUGUGUCCGGCCUCUCGCGGCUGGAGCAACAGCUGUCUCCAGCAGCGCUGAUCCAGCUGCUGGACUCGGCAGACUGGAGCGAACUGCCCUUCUACGUCCCUCGCAUGAAACUCGAAGCUUCCUUCAACCUCAACGACGCCCUUGUCGCCGCCGGAGUCACGGACAUGUUCGACGCUUCCAAAGCCGAUCUGUCUGGCAUCCUCAGCCCCAAUAGGACCGUCCCUCUGUACGUGAGCGACGUGGUGCACCGCGUGGUGAUGGACAUCACCGAGUCCGGCACGGAGGCGGCGGCCGCGACGGUGGCGACGGCGUCGCGCUCCGGCAGCAGCUACAAGUUCGUCGUGGACCGGCCCUUCCUCUUCGUGCUGCAGCACCGCCGCUCCGGCGUGCCGCUCUUCUGGGGCAGCGUCGUGCGGCCCACCCCCCGCUACCCCCUCUCCGGCACCCUCUGAGGCAGCGGCGCGCCUCACACAGACAGAUCUAGGAGCGAUAACCUGGCCGCGGGCGGGUCACUCAGUUCCCCAGCCGCUUUCUCCGCGGCCGCCCCUCUGUUGACACGCGGCCUUCACCUAGCAACAUGUACGUGAAUGGUGCGAGGCCUCCGUCCUGUCAGAUCUCUGCACUUAUCUCAGGAGCUGUCCGCCGUAAUUUGGCUGCAGAUAGCUAACUCUCAAUUAUACUGUCUAGCUGCGAAAUAAGGCGAAUAACUUGACGAUAUAAAUCUCUAUAGUGUUAAAGUUCCUAAUUGCAUCGGUGAACAAAAACCUGAAUCCAACUACUAUUUUACUAGUAAUCUAACCAUUCUUUCCGCCUUACAAGCAUGUCACUCAUCCCCACCCCUUAUCCCAGAUGUCACAUCCUAUGACUACUUCUGCUAAUAAGAACAGCGAGAAAAACAAUUGACCGGGGAGUGCUACACUUUAUCACUCCUCACAAAAAUCUUCUAUUUGAACAAUCCUUUGACAGCUGAACUGUCACUCUUAAUCUCCAGUACAAAACAUGGCUCUUGCCACGGUAGUGACAGUACUUGAGUGUAGCUCACACAUACCUUUACGUUACGCAUUUUUUUUUUUCCAAUUUGAAGUGAUGGAACUCUCCCAUUUUCCACCUGUCCAUUAUCAGAAAGCAACCACUUCACGUGUUCCCUCAUUAUCAUCGGAAGCUGAAUAGAGUAUUAAUUUAAAAAAAAAAAAAUACUUACGCUCUGCAGUGGAAGGUACCUGUAAUGUUACCAUUAGAUAAAAAUUUAUGCUGGAGUGGCAAUCAUACAGGAGCGCAUCCAUCCCUGUAGUCUGCAUUAAUCUUAUCGAUUGAGUUAUCAAAGCACCGACCCACAUUCCUGCUGCAUACUUUCGGCAUUUUCUGUCGCCAGCAACAAGUUUUACUCUGUCACUGUAUUAUCGCUUAUUUGCAAAGUCGUUGUGAGCAGUGCUUUUGGUACUGCGAAGCCAAAGAUUUAAUGUAUGAAUAAUUUUAAUGGAGUGUAAAUAAAUACUGACACUUCCAAAUA